AUGCAUGUGUUCAUCACCUGUUUCUCCAGCACACCCUUUGAGCUGGGUGACCUUGCAGGUAAACUGCAGGUCCAAGAGAACAACACCUACUUCUGCAUAUUUUCAAGCUCUGUGUUACAUAGAGGCGCUAUCCUCAGUGUGAACGUCAUUUCUAAUGGGGACACAUUUCAGGAAGUGCUGAUCUUUAAUAACUCAGGCAAGGAAGGCUCUGGGGCAGUCAGUUUCUCCUGCUUCAUUUACAACAUCUGCUUCAUGAACUGCAGCUGGUUGGCUGGCCCGGCAGCCCCCGUGGAUGUCCAGUACCACCUCUACAAGUGGGACACCUGGGACGGGGAGGAGGUGGAAUGCCCCCACUACCUCAGCAGCCCAACGGGGAUGCAUGUGGGCUGCCAUUUCGACAAACUCUCCAAGCCAAAUCGGAUGGACAACUACUUCUUCUUAUUGAAUGGGACCAGCAGUGAAACUGCCAUCCAGUUUCUGGAUUUUGCUCCAUUUACCGCCUAUUUGAAUGAAAAGUAUAACCCACCACCAAACAUCACCAUCAGCUACAAUGGAUCAAAUCACAUUAUACAGUGGGACAAUCCCAAGAUGAGAUUUGAUAUUAACAGUCAUGUCUUAUACUAUGAACUGGACCUCCAAAAAAAGGGCAUCUCCCGAGACCCCGUUUUCCAAACCGGAGCUGACACAAAUGUAUACCUGGUGCCGAGUUCUGACGCUACGGCAGAAAACACCCUGAGAAUGCGUGUGAAGCACCUGCGCAGCAGCAUCUGGAGUGAUUGGAGUGAGGUGCUGCAUUUUGAGAUCACCUGUGGAGUUUGCCUGUGUGAAAUCACCUGGGUAAGGUCACCUGUCACCUGUGUGAGAGACCUGUGUGGAGUCACCUGUGUGCAUUCACCUGUGGAGGUCAUCUGUGUGAAAUCACCUGUGUGAGGUCACCUGUCACCUGUGUGGGGUCACCUGUGUGAGGCAUCUGUGUGCAUUCACUUGUGUAUGCUCACCUGUGUACGUUCACCUGUAUAAAUUCACCUAUGACAGGUCACCUGUCCCCUGGGUGAGGUCACCUGUGCCCUGUGUGAAAUCACCUGUGAGAGGUCACCUGUCCCCUGGGUUUUGAAGAGCAGGGUUUUGGUGGCACCACAGCUGUGAUCGUGCUGGUGGUUGUGGCAGCAGCAGUGCUUGCUGUGACUCUGAUGUUCCUCUUUAAAAGGUACUCUGUGAAGCAAAAGCUUUUCCCUCCCAUUCCGCAGGUGAAAGGGGAAUUGGUUGGCGUUUUUAUUCAAAAUGCAGAGAUGGCCUGGGAAGGUGCCUGUCAUCCUCCAGAUGCCCAGGAAUCGGAAGACGUCCUCACCGUGGAGGACACGGGAUGAUUUACAAGGGCUGAAGUUCACCCUCCACUUCUGAAAAUACCACUUGUCUCCAUCAUUCAAUGGGCGACUUUCAAAAUCGUGCUAUUUGUGAAAGGUUUUUAACUAGCUUUGUAGCAGUAUCACCCAAAACCUGCCCAAUAGCUUCUAUGUGAGCCUGGUGGUGGAAUAGAUACCAUAAAAUUAAGCUCCAGAGAGGGGUCUAUGGGAAAAAAUGUACCUAUUGCAAAUUAUGGACUGUAGUUAACAGUAGUAUUUUAAUAUUCUUUCAUCAACAGUAACAAAUGUACCACACCAAUACUAUGAGUCAAUAAUAAGGGGGAAGAAGGGGUAUGGGAGGAUUUUGGAUUUCUUUUUUAUUUGCAUUUCUUUUCUGGAGUAAUGAAAAUGUUCUAAAAUUGAUUGUGGGGUUGUAUGUGCAACUAUGGGAUGAUACUAUGAGCCGGUGAUUGUAUACGUCAGAUGGUUUGUUUGGUGUGUGAAUCUAUCUCAAUAAAAAUGCCUUAAAAAUAUUAAGCCACCUAUUGCCCUUCAAAUGCAAAGUGUCACACAUUUGCCUGCAGCAAAUACUCAAAGAAGUGUGCAUCGAAUCUGUGUGCUUUUCUAUUUAUUUAAUUUGAAGUCUGCAGAUCACUGCUGGCGAGAGAGCGAAGCAAUGAGCCCCCCAGGCUGCCAGUGAAAGUUGGCAUGGUCAACCUCUCUGAACAAGAAUAAUGCCCAGGAAUAUGGGCCAAGAUGUUGAACACGGGGCAGGCUGUGCUCCAGCACCUCACUCCCUUACUCAGGAAAUCAGAAAUGGGAGCAAGAGUGUGUGUGCAAAGAGUGGCUCUGCUUCAUCUGCAACAGCACAAUUUGAAGGAAAAAAAAACAGACAAGGGAGAAAUGGCUAAAUAAAUGAUGUUUGGUCCCAACAAAUAUGCAUCUAUCAAUUAUCAACGUCAAUAAAUAUUGAGACAACCAGGUUCUAGAACAACCUGUGAGUCCCCCUUUGUGAGUAUUUAUGCACUAGAAAUUCUUGAUGGGGCAUUCCAAACCGUGA